CCCGACUAACAGAGAACCCAGCAUCCACAGUCACCAAUCAACACUCUUCGAUAGCGAAACUAAAAGCAAUUUCAAAACCAAAACCAAUUCAAAGAUGAGCAAACUCACCUUCCUAAUUGUGGCCACCAUUUGUGUGUAUGGAACUCUUACCGAGGCUUUGCCUCAGCGUCGUCUAACUCAGCCACUGCUGGAGUACGCCUCAACCCCCACUCCAACGGCGGAGCAUCCAAGACCACGUCGCCAGGUUUUGGGUGGUUCCCUCACCUCGAAUCCCAAUGGCGGUGCCGAUGCCCGCAUGGAAUUGAGCAAGGCCGUUGGCACGCCGGAUCACCAUGUGAUUGGACAAGUAUUUGCCGCGGGCAACACACAAACCAAACCAGUCUCCACUCCAGUAACCAGUGGCGCCACUUUGGGCUACAGCAACCAUGGCCAUGGAAUCGAGCUGACCAAGACGCAUACACCCGGAGUGCGGGAUAGCUUCCAGCAGACGGCCACGGCCAAUCUGUUCAACAACGGAGUCCAUAAUUUAGAUGCCAAGGCCUUUGCCUCGCAGAACCAGCUGGCCAAUGGCUUUAAGUUUGAUCGGAACGGAGCUGGCCUGGACUAUUCGCACAUGAAUGGCCAUAGCGCCAGUCUAACGCACAGUAACAUUCCCGGCCUGGGCAAGCAGCUGGAGCUGGGAGCAAGGGCCAAUCUCUGGCAGUCGCAGGAUCGCAACACGCGGCUGGAUUUAGGCAGCACGGCCUCCAAAUGGACCAGUGGACCCUUUAAGGGGCAGUCGGAUCUGGGAGCCAACCUGGGUCUGUCCCACUACUUUGGCUAAGGGGAUGGGUCUAUUUUUGAAUUUAUUAUUCAAUUAACUAAACAAAAUUGUAAAGGAUAAUUAAUUAAUAUUUAUAUCAAUGAAAAUAAAUAUUUUUAUUAAUAAAAGA